GAGUUCCGGGCCGCCACCGGCUGCUUCUGUGGGCCGGGCCUCUCAGAGCAUUGGCGACCCCAGCCCGGCUCCGGGCUGACAGGGCCUGGCCUCGCCAGAUGACCACUUCCCUGCGGUGUUGACUUAGAGUCCCAGCGCCGACUGCCUCACAAAUAAUGGCCCCCAGCUUCUCCGCGAGGAGAGGCGCGUCUGAUGUUUUGAAGCCACGCAGGAGGGUUUGAGCCGGGGGACUCCUCCUCGGUGCUUGCCGGCCACCCCCCUGGACCUUCACGGGUCUGGUUUUCCUCCUUCGGCAGUGUCAUCCCUUACUUUGAGAACUACCUCUUAUUAAGCAGUUACUAUGUGGCAGGCCCUGGGCAAAGCAUCAUCUCAUUGAAUUCUCCCAGCAAUCCUUUGAGGUAGAUUGUUUUUCGUUUUACAAACGAGAAUGCGGAGUCUCCGAGGGGCAGUGCACGCCUCAAGUUACCCAGCUAGGAGGUGGAACAGGAAUUGGUUGCAGACUGGUUCAGCCAAACCCAGAUGCACGUGCACUCACUGGAUGCGGAGUCCCUGUCAGAUGAUGGAGAGGCUCCUUGGGAAUUGCUGCAGGAGUCCAGGGGGUCAACGUCUGCAGCUCUCACGCUCUCAGAGGUGGCUCUGAAUCUGCGCAUCAAGCAGCCCAUCCACCAGGGGGUACUGGACACUACUAAGGAAAGGGCAAGAAGGCCAGGGGCAUUUCUGGACCCUCCUCCUCAGCUGAAGUCCCAGGGUACAGAUGAGCUGCUCCCACCCUUGCUCCAUGAGGCCAGAGGACCCAGUGAUAACCACCACCUGUGCUGUGGCAGAUCUAAUUGAGUGCUGUUUAGCAAAAGGAAUGCUGAAAAAGUGGCAGCUAUGAAUCUGGCAGCUCCUUGCCAGAGGCCUCCACUCACUCCAGACCCCUAUAGCCCGUCGCUGUCAGCUGUCAACAAAGGAUGCGAAUGCUGGCCGCUUUCUGUGGGCUUCGUGUCACCCAGAGGUGAGCCCAGGCCAGGAUGGGGGACUCCAGGAACCUUUGCCCUCACCUUGACUCCAUAGGAGAGGUGACCAAAGAGGACUUGCUGCUCAAAUCUAAGGGAACCUGUCAGUCGUGUGGGGUCACCGGACCAAACCUAUGGGCCUGUCUCCAGGUUGCCUGCCCCUAUGUUGGCUGCGGAGAAUCCUUCGCUGACCACAGCACCAUUCAUGCACAGGCAAAAAAGCACAACUUGACCGUGAACCUGACCACGUUCCGACUGUGGUGUUACGCCUGUGAGAAGGAGGUAUUCCUGGAGCAGCGGCUGGCAGCCCCUCUGCUGGGCUCCUCUUCCAAGUUCUCUGAACAGGACUCCCCGCCACCCUCCCACCCUCUGAAAGCUGUUCCUAUUGCUGUGGCUGAUGAAGGAGAGUCUGAGUCAGAGGACGAUGACCUGAAACCUCGAGGCCUCACGGGCAUGAAGAACCUCGGGAACUCCUGCUACAUGAACGCCGCCCUGCAGGCCCUGUCCAAUUGCCCGCCGCUGACUCAGUUCUUCUUGGAGUGUGGCGGCCUGGUGCGCACAGAUAAGAAGCCAGCCCUGUGCAAGAGCUACCAGAAGCUGGUCUCUGAGGUCUGGCAUAAGAAACGGCCAAGCUACGUGGUCCCCACCAGUCUGUCUCAUGGGAUCAAGUUGGUCAACCCAAUGUUCCGAGGCUAUGCCCAGCAGGACACCCAAGAGUUCCUUCGCUGCCUGAUGGACCAGCUGCACGAGGAGCUCAAGGAGCCGGUGGUGGCCACGGUGGCGCUGACGGAGCCUCGGGACUCAGAUUCGAGUGACACAGAUGAGAAACGGGAGGGUGACCGGAGCCCAUCAGAAGAUGAGUUCUUGUCCUGUGACUCGAGCAGUGACCGGGGUGAGGGUGACGGGCAGGGGCGUGGCGGGGGCAGCUCGCAGGCCGAGACGGAGCUGCUGAUCCCAGAUGAGGCGGGCCGAGCCAUCUCUGAGAAGGAGCGGAUGAAGGACCGCAAGUUCUCCUGGGGCCAGCAGCGCACAAAUUCAGAGCAAGUGGACGAGGACGCUGAUGUGGACACUGCCAUGGCUGCCCUUGACGACCAGCCCGCGGAGGCCCAGCCCCCGUCACCACGGUCCUCCAGCCCCUGCCGGACGCCAGAGCCGGACAAUGAUGCUCACCUACGCAGCUCCUCUCGCCCCUGCAGCCCCGUCCACCACCACGAGGGCCAUGCCAAGCUGUCUAGCAGCCCCCCUCGUGCAAGCCCCGUGAGGAUGGCACCGUCGUACGUGCUCAAGAAAGCCCAGGUAUUGAGUGCUGGCAGCCGGAGGCGGAAGGAGCAGCGCUACCGCAGCGUCAUCUCAGACAUCUUUGACGGCUCCAUUCUCAGCCUCGUGCAGUGUCUCACCUGUGACCGGGUAUCCACCACAGUGGAAACAUUCCAGGACUUAUCACUGCCCAUUCCUGGCAAGGAGGACCUGGCCAAGCUCCAUUCAGCCAUCUACCAGAAUGUGCCGGCCAAGCCAGGCGCCUGUGGGGACAGCUAUGCCGCCCAGGGCUGGCUGGCCUUCAUUGUGGAGUACAUCCGACGGUUUGUGGUAUCCUGUACCCCCAGCUGGUUUUGGGGGCCUGUCGUCACCCUGGAAGACUGCCUUGCUGCCUUCUUUGCCGCUGAUGAGUUAAAGGGUGACAACAUGUACAGCUGUGAGCGGUGUAAGAAGCUGCGGAACGGAGUGAAGUACUGCAAAGUCCUGCGGUUGCCCGAGAUCCUGUGCAUUCACCUAAAGCGCUUUCGGCACGAGGUGAUGUACUCAUUCAAGAUCAACAGCCACGUCUCCUUCCCCCUCGAGGGGCUCGACCUGCGCCCCUUCCUUGCCAAGGAGUGCACAUCCCAGAUCACCACCUACGACCUCCUCUCGGUCAUCUGCCACCACGGCACGGCAGGCAGUGGGCACUACAUCGCCUACUGCCAGAACGUGAUCAAUGGGCAGUGGUACGAGUUUGAUGACCAGUACGUCACAGAAGUCCACGAGACAGUGGUGCAGAACGCUGAGGGCUACGUACUCUUCUACAGGAAGAGCAGCGAGGAGGCCGUGCGGGAGCGACAGCAGGUGGUGUCCCUGGCCGCCAUGCGGGAGCCCAGCCUGCUGCGGUUCUACGUGUCCCGCGAGUGGCUCAACAAGUUCAACACCUUCGCGGAGCCAGGCCCCAUCACCAACCAGACCUUCCUCUGCUCCCACGGAGGCAUCCCGCCCCACAAAUACCACUACAUCGACGACCUGGUGGUCAUCCUGCCCCAGAACGUCUGGGAGCACCUGUACAACAGAUUCGGGGGUGGCCCCGCCGUGAACCACCUGUACGUGUGCUCCAUCUGCCAGGUGGAGAUCGAGGCACUGGCCAAGCGCAGGAGGAUCGAGAUCGACACCUUCAUCAAGUUGAACAAGGCCUUCCAGGCCGAGGAGUCGCCGGGCGUCAUCUACUGCAUCAGCAUGCAGUGGUUCCGGGAGUGGGAGGCGUUCGUCAAGGGGAAGGACAACGAGCCCCCCGGGCCCAUUGACAACAGCAGGAUUGCACAGGUCAAAGGAAGCGGCCACGUCCAGCUGAAGCAGGGAGCUGACUACGGGCAGAUUUCGGAGGAGACCUGGACCUACCUGAACAGCCUGUAUGGAGGUGGCCCCGAGAUUGCCAUCCGCCAGAGCGUGGCGCAGCCGCUGGGCCCAGAGAGCCUGCACGGGGAGCAGAAGAUCGAAGCCGAGACGCGGGCUGUGUGAUCUGCUGGGCUCGUCUCCCCACGUGCCCCACCCCGCGGAAGGCGUGUUUGUGCCCAGAAGAGAGGCCGGGCUGCUGCAGAACCCCGCCGUGUAAAGAGGCAGAAAAGUUGGUUUGGUUCGCAGUGAGUAACGCUGCAACUAGAAAAUAUAUGCACUUCAGGCUUGUUGAAACGACCAAGACUCUGUGACGUUAAUUUGGGUCUUUGUCCUGGCAGUGCCUCUGCCAGUCACUGUCAUCGUUGUGUCCCCCACAACUGUCCUCUUGCUAGCUCGGCCCAGCUUUGUCCCUGGAGCCCGAUGCUACCCCUGUCAGACAGAGGCUGCGGCCUGGGCCAGAGUCAGGGAGUAGCUGCUGCUUCACGGCGUCUCCACUGUGCUAUUGGCCCGGACCCCCGAAGACUUGGAGGGAGCUGCUCAGGGCCGGUGAGCGCAGCCAGAAGCCCUGGCCAGUGAGGAGCUCACAGGUCCUCCCUGGUGGUCCCGCCGCACCUCUGCAUCUCCUGGGCGUCACCAGGAAGGCUCUGAAGUCCCGGGCUGCUCUCAGCACUUCUCCUGCAGACUGAAGACUCUGGACUCAUUGCUGAUUGGAACACCAGGAGGAGGUUGGAUUUCUGCCAGUGGGGGAUGUUUCUGGAGGCAGCUGGUCCCCCACACCGCGUCCUGCUGAGCCUGCCCCCUGGAUUGGCUGUAAUUUGCCUCGAAGUUCAGCAGUGCAUCUUCAUGGGAAAUUUGCUGAGCCCCCACCAGGGAACCAGAUGAUGAAACAGGGAUACCUCACAGCUUGGCCAUUUGCUGCAAAGGCAGCUUCCCGAGCUGAUGCUAAAGAAGACAGACUUUCCCUUCGUCCCAGCAGCAGCAGUGCGGAGCCCGCCUGGAGGCAUGUGGGGGCUGUGCAGGGUGCAGCGCUCAGGUGGAUCCUGGGAAGCAGCCUCUGGAUGCUGAGUGGAGGGAGCCACUGAGCACAGCAAGGCACCAAAGCCCCUGGAGAAACCGCCAGGGCGAGGUGCGGCCAUCAUCAGGGUCAAAGCAGACGGGGCGUGGGUGGGGAAGGGGCUCUGGGACCAGACCCCCCACACUACUGCGUCUUUGUUUCUAUCAGUCUUUGUAGAAGCAGAUGGUGGUGGAAAUUCCAGCAGGUGGGUCCCGCAGAGGCCCUGAGGCCUCACUUUUCGAAUCUUCUGUCCCAGAUCCUGCUCCCUCCCUGCUGAGCCUGGGGUUCCCCUGGCAUUGGCCCCAGCCUUCUGAAAGCUGGCGCUGCAGCCAGAGGCCACACGCUGCACUGUCGCGACGCAGAGAGGCUUCUGUGCAGGCUGGGAUCGGGCCCCAUGUCUGUGCUGUCUAGUUUGUGUUCAAAAUGUCAGAAUAAACACAGAAUAAACGUUCCCACGGCCA